GUCAUCAAGAUGCAAAGGGCGCGUCAAAAUGCCCGGACUUCUCCAAAUCCGCUGGUCGGUGACUGUGCAGCGCGGAAAGCAAGAAAUGCGUUGGUCCGACAUGCAUCUGGCCCCCCUCAUCUCAGGGACGACCUCCCUCCGCACCAGCCGGGCUACUGAAUACUUUCACCUACGAUUCCUCACUUAGGUCAAGCUGUUCCUCACUCAGCGGCAUCUCCACAUCAUUUCUCUUGCUCUCGGCAUAUUCUAUGCAGAAUAGCGGUAUCAUAUCAAGAGGGAGGACAUACCACAAUUAUCAUGUCUGACAAAUCAUCCAACGCGCAGUCCGCGAGUGCAAACUCGGCCGACCUAAAAACCAACCUGCCAAACACGACAACAUUCAUAACCGGUCAUAAUGCCGAUGGCAAGGCCAUUAUCGAAUCAGCUCGGUCGGCAACAUGGAAGGCAUUCGAGAACGGCGUGAUGGGGUUCAACCAGAUCUACACAAACGAGUUUCCAGCGGACCUAAACGACAACGCCGACAUCCGCUUCCACGACGACAAGAUAGCUAGCGGCAAUCUCGGGCUCGCCGUCAAGAGCGGCACCGUGUGCCGCAUGGUUGACUUUAGCCCGGAGUACGUCUGUAUGCUGCACCGGACGCAAUCCCUCGACUUCGGCAUCGUGGUGGAAGGCGAGGUCGACCUGAUUCUGGACGACGGCAGCUCGACGCGCAUGAAGCGAGGCGAUAUCGCGGUGCAGCGGGCUACAAUGCACUCGUGGCGCAAUCCGAGUACGAAAGACUGGGCGAGGAUGGUCUUCGUGCUCCAAGACACGAAACCUGUGUUCGUCGGCGGCAAGCGGUACGGCGAGGAUCACGGUAGAGCCACCGAGGGUCUGCCAAUGAGUGGGAAUGACGAUUAGAUGGAAGCAAUGCAUUAGAUGCUGUGUUCAACCCAGCGCAACGAUGGGUAAAUUGAUUUGUCUGCCUGUCUUCAACCAGGAAUGAAUGAAAGUCUGCGUCUAGGUACAGUGUUUGCCUAAUACAAGUAUUAUGGUUUAAACUAGCCAUCGAAAUCAAGAAGUAUAUACACUGGAACUGUAGCAACCGUUUUACAUACAGAUCGGAUGUUAAGCUAUAGAUUCCCUUGGCGCGUCCACACCCAGACGCGCCACGUCGCUCGGCGCGGCGCUUAAAAGGUCCUGUCAUGGACAUAUAUUUUUUAAACAGAGUUGCCGGCCUGUAAUUCACCC